UGAGCGUUGUGAUAUCGCGAUAUUUGUGGCAUAUGUUGUCUCGGUGCAGCGCCGUAGCGGGCUGAGUGUGGGUGCUUGACUGCCAGUGGAGCCACCGUCUCUCUCUCAAGCAAAGUGCAGGCUGGGAUAUCAAAGCUGUUUACGUUGCCUUUUAACUUUUGAAAGGCCUGGGGAACCGCUUGCUUGAAAGUCGCAAAUGAAUUACAGACUGUUUCGUGAAAUAGAUCUCUAAAUGAACUGGAGCAGAGGAUCAAAUCUGUGGCAUAAAGCACAAUGACUGCACAGUCAGACAUUCACUGGUGAUUGGAGCUGGGUAAGCAGUGAUGAUGCGUUGUCUGGCAGCCCGUGUUCACUACAAGACCCUUAUAGUGAUCUGCGCUCUCCUCUCUCUGCUCACGGUCGUUCUGUGGAACAAGUGUACGAGCGAGAAAGAGCUGCGCUUCCUGCCCCGGCACCCCCAGCCCCCUCCCAGCCCAAAAAUAGACAGCCAUCCGCAGCAGCCCCAGCCUCCUGAACCUCCACCUGUGGUCGGUGGAGUGCGCUACGAAGAGAUCGACUGCCUGAUCAAUGAUGAAGCCACCAUUAAGGGCCGCCGAGAAGGCAGUGAGGUAUACCUGCCCUUCAGCUGGAUGGAGAAGUACUUUGAAGUGUAUGGCAAGGUGGUACAGUACGACGGCUACGAUCGAUUCGAGUUUUCGCACAGUUACUCCAAAGUAUACGCACAAAGAGAGCCGUACCACCCCAGUGGAGUCUUCAUGUCUUUUGAGGGGUAUAACGUGGAGGUGCGUGACAGAGUGAAGUGCAUCAGUGGAGUGGAAGGAGUACCUUUGUCCACCCAGUGGGGCCCUCAAGGGUAUUUCUAUGCUAUCCAGAUAGCUCAGUAUGGGCUGAGUCAUUACAGUAAGAACCUGACAGAGCGGCCACCACACAUGGAGGUGUAUGACACAGCAGAAGAGAGAGACGGCAGGUCCAGCGCGUGGGCUGUCCCUAAAGGCUGUUCCCUCACCAGAGUCUAUGACAAGACCAGAGCCACAUCAGUACGACAGUUCAGCGUUCCAGAAAACUCAGAGGGCAUCUCACUUCCUCUUGGCAACACUAAAGAUUUCAUCAUCUCUUUUGACCUGAAGUUUACAUCUAACGGUAGUGUCUCCGUCAUCUUGGAGACCACAGAGAAAGGGCCUCCGUUUGUUAUCCACUACGUCACCACCACCCAGCUCAUUUCUUUCAAGGACCGCGACAUCACCUACGGGAUCGGCCCUCGGACUGCAUGGACCACGGUCACCCGUGACAUUCUCACUGACCUCCGCAAAGGCAUUGGCCUCUCCAACACCAAAGCGGUCAAAGCCACCAAGACCAUGCCACGACGUGUCAUAAAGUUAGUGGUGCACGGCCACGGGAUGAUAGACAACAUCACAAUCUCCACCACAUCGCACAUGGCGGCUUUUUUUGCAGCCAGCAACUGGUUGGUGCGCAACCAGGACGAGCGUGGAGGCUGGCCGAUCAUGGUGACUCGUAAACUCGGGGAGGGUUUCCGUGCGCUGGAGCCGGGUUGGUAUUCGGCCAUGGCGCAGGGGCAGGCCAUGUCCACUCUAGUGCGUGCCUAUAUAAUGACAAAAGACGACACGUACCUAAAGGCUGCCCUGCGUGCCACCGGACCUUUCAAACUACCAUCAGAGCAGCACGGCGUUAAAGCGGUGUUCAUGAACAAGUAUGACUGGUACGAGGAGUACCCCACAAUCCCUAGCUCCUUUGUUCUGAAUGGUUUUAUCUAUUCCCUCCUAGGCCUGUAUGACCUGGCACAAACCGCUGGUGAGAAGCUCGGGCGGGACGCAGGUCAGCUGUACAGCAAGGGGAUGGAGUCCUUAAAAGUUAUGCUGCCCCUGUACGACACGGGGUCGGGCACCAUCUAUGACCUGCGCCACUUUAUACUGGGCACUGCGCCCAAUCUGGCCCGCUGGGACUAUCAUACGACGCACAUCAACCAGCUCCAGCUGCUGGGUACUAUCGACAACUCGCCCAUCUUCAGGGACUUCAUCAAGCGCUGGAAAAGCUACCUGAAAGGAGGGAGAGCCAAGCACAACUAAAGCGGAGCACACGUCUGCGAUCUCUUCAGACCCUCACUUCCUCUUCCCGACUGCCACCAUGAGGGUCACUGUGUCUAACGACGAGAAAGAAUGGCUGAACACUUCAGAUUUUUCUGUUUGAGACCAUAAUUGCAGUACUUGCAUCUGUGCUGAGAUUUUAAUUAGGUACAAACGCAGCUGCUUGCAGCAUGUGUCUGGAUAAGGAAGAGGGAGGGCUUAGGUAUUUAAAAUUCAAAGCUCCAGAUCUGCAAGUAUGAGUGAGAAUCGCGUCUGCUGAGAUUUGCCACAUUUGGGCAAAAAAGCAGCUUUUAGAACCUUCUUCCAAAGUAAACCUCAGAAGAUAAUUACUCAUCAGUUGUCAAGAAAUAAAUCGUAGAGAGCAAACUUUAGCUGCAAUGGUUAAGUUCAUAGCCUGUGAGCAGAACAUUAUUGCAUAUAAGCUACAGAUAAAAAUGCUGAAAAUGUCCUCAAGUGUAGCAUUACUAUAUGUCACGGAGCACUAAGGUUUACUCGCCUUUUUUUCAACCCACUGUCCAGCCUUCGGUUUGCAUUUCAUAAUUCCACAAUCAGAUUGAGCUGUCAUUAAUGCGGCCCAGUCCUGCCCAGAAUGCACUUAAAGCUUUAGAGAGGUGGUCGCAGGUCACUUGCUUCAUGUUUACAACAUAUUUCAGGAAACAUAGCUGUAGUUUUUAAGACACCACUGUGCUGGACUAACAAACGCAGAGGCUUUUUGAGAAAUCUGAGGGACUCUGAUUGGUUGCACAGCUGGUGUUCAUCCCUGUAAGAUGUCAAACUUCAGUUAAAUUGUGCUACAUGUAGACUGGUCAUGCACUUUACUUGUGUGGCAUGCGUUUGUCUGGUGAAGAUGCGUUUAUACAGUCGUGUAAUGAAUUAUGACUUCAUUUUUGACAUCAAUCCAGUUUUUUUUUUCUCUCAAUCUCAUGCCUUUAUGGCAAUUAAUCAUUUAUAAGGGAAUUUUCAACUUUUGUUUGCUGAUUGCAGGUUUAUUGUAGCUCUACCCAUUUCCUUAAAUUACUCACCAUUUUUUUUAUCAGGUGAUUCUUUUAUACAAUUUAUUUUUGGACAGCUGUAUUUCUCUUAAUAUUAUUUUUAUAAGUAACAUCAGUUUCUGUAAUUUGGAGCAAAAGAAUGAAAAUGUUUCUUUCACAUUUAGUUGAAUAACUUGCAUCUCAACCAAGCAAAAAGAUGCUGUUUCAUGUAUUAAAAAUAUACUAAUGAGCAGUACUUUGUCAUUAAAAUAUUGAAAUUAUUUGCAUGUAA